AUGACUCGCUACCUGGGGCAGCGUGCAGCACAGCAACUCGAUGCGCAACUCAUGAGCAGCACGCAUGGCUUCUCUAUCGACCAGUUGAUGGAGUUGGCAGGACUGAGUGUCGCUGCAGCGAUCGGGAAGCAGUUUCCCAUCACUGCAGCCUCAUUGAAUACAGAAGAAGCAGUCGAUAGAGUAUUGGUUGUCGUGGGCGCUGGAAACAACGGAGGCGACGCGCUGGUCGCAGCUCGUCACCUAGUGCAUUUCGGCUACUCGCCGAGCAUUUUGUACCCAAAAUACAACGCAAAGCCUCUUUUUCAGGGACUGGUGGCUCAGUGCAAGCAGCUGGAGAUUCCGUUCGUUGAGCACAUCCAGGACUCAUCGGCAGUGGAUGCAGCGUAUGACUUGAUUUUGGACGGCAUCUUUGGCUUUGGUUUUACCGGGAGCAUCCGUCCUCCGUUUGACCGCGUUGUCCAGACGCUUCGAGACUGCCGAACACCGAUCGUCUCGAUCGACAUUCCGUCCGGGUGGCAUGUCGAGAAUGGAAACGAAGACGGAGUCGGUCUGGAGCCACAGAUGCUCGUAUCCCUGACAGCACCGAAGCCCUGCGCUAAAUACUUUGAGGGACCUGGCAAGACACACUACGUCGGCGGACGAUUCGUGCCAAAGUCACUGGCAAAAGAGUUCAAUUUGGAGCUGCCAAUUUAUCCCGGUGUGGAACCGUGUGUGAAGUUGCCGAUACCGUAUUGA